ACACAUGGUUAGAAUAAGGUUGAUUUGGGCUAAUGAUUGCCUACAGGACUUCCUCUCUGCAACUCAGAUUAUAGUCUGAGUGAAACUUCUGUUGUUGCAUGACAUAGUAUACACAAGUAUUUUAGUUUGUUUGUUCAUACCAGAAGUUUGGCUUCAUUAAACGGGGAUAAAACUCACUAAACAAAUCACUGGUUAAUACGUGUAUAUACAUCUCUGAUAUAAAUCAUUUAUAUUAGACUUGAAAGAUAAAUAAAAACGUUAAAAUGUGCACCUCAAUGUCAUCGUUCAGACAGCAUGUGGCACCAAAAGGUGAUAAUGCAGGUAAAAUCAGCCCAUUUAGUGUUUAAUUAACUGUCAGCAUCUAUUAAAAAGGCCCCUAUUCACACAUCAGUAAUGACUUACAGUUUCACCCUAUUGAUGUUGUACAUGCACUGCAGAUGAGUAGACCUGUCAUUACAACCCAUUUGGAAAUGUGUUUACUUAUUAAAUGCCUGUUUGACAGUAAGUAAUUGUUAGUAACGGUUUGAGUACAUAACCCAUCUACUUCCAUGUUGCUUUCUAAUUGGACUACAUGGCCAAAAACACGCACAUUCCAUUCAGGAGGGGAGGGCACACAGUCUGGGUGGACUUGUCGGUCAGUGCAAAAAUAGAUCCUUGGGACGUUCCUACCCUAAACCCUAUACUUAAGCCCUACCCUAAACCCUAUACUUAAGCCCUACACUAACCAUUUUAAAUGUCAAUGGUGGACGUCCCAAGGAUCCCGCAUAGCAGGCCUACCCUACCUAUUAUCCUGCUCCAGCCCCCUCCCUUCCUCUGGACUUCUCUUCUUCCCCGUAGGCCUACUCCACCUAUUAUUGUCCUCCUGUCCCCUCCCUUCCACUGCUCCCAGUUUCAUCUCAAAUCCCAUUUGCCAUUGUAGCCUACGUGCCCAAUCGUCCAGGACUGCGCGCAUUUAACAUUUGUAUGUAAUCGUUAGUAGAAUGCGUUGCAAGUCUGACGCAGUGAUCAUUGUGCCAUGUAUCAUUGCUGCGAUCAUUCCAGGACAGACCUGCAUGAAGAUUUAUGCUACAUUUUACUUUUACAUUCGAGUCAUUUAGCAGACGCUCUUAUCCAGAGUGAUUUACAGUAGUGAGUGCAUACAUUUUCGCACUUACAUUUUUAUUUAAUUUUAUUUAUUCUCAAAGCAUUCUAAGUCAAAAAAAUAGGCCUAUAUUUGACUGAAACGCCACGCUUGGGUAACCGGAAUAAACCGACAAUAUCUUUAACUGUUUAUCUUGACGUGUGUUUGCUGUGAGUCAUUCAAAUGGACAAUAAACAUUCACAAGCGAUGGCAGAGACGGCACAGGAGACCCGUCCGCCCGCUAAAGACUCACCUUUCUCUAUCAAGAACCUGCUCAACUUCGACAGUAAACCUUCCAACCCGAAGACGCUGCUUGCCACCACCAAAGGACUAUUUGAAGGAGGCUUCUCUCUCUCCCGGAUCGGUGAUUUAACUUUUCCUAGUUUUGACAUCCCAGCCCAGAGAUUUGGAUUAUCGGCGCACUAUUUGGAACGAACGUCGGCGUGGUGGUAUCCCUACGCGCUCGGCACGUCCGGACAUCAUCUCUACAGGACUGGAGGGUUUGAGAAGGCCAUCGCGAGAGACACACCAUCAACAGGCGAGGACCGAGAGACACCGGAGCUGCUGCGAAAAUCACCCGACCCAGACGACAAAGAGGACGACAAAAACACAAGUACUGAUGAUCUCGUUCUGGAGGAGAGUGAUGGGGACGAACCAAAGAAGGAAAGAGAGUUGGUGGAUGACUGGAGGAAAAUUAAAGACGAGAACUCGGAUAAAAAAACGUGUCGGAAAAAGAAAACGCGCACAGUCUUUUCAAGGAGUCAGGUAUUUCGGUUGGAAUCAACGUUCGAUAUGAAACGGUACCUCAGUAGCUCGGAACGGGCAGGCCUGGCGGCAUCCCUACACCUCACGGAGACCCAGGUGAAAAUCUGGUUCCAGAACAGGAGGAAUAAGUGGAAACGACAGUUGGCCGCGGAACUCGAAGCGGUCAAUCUGAGCCACGCCGCGGCCCAGAGGAUAGUCCGCGUACCCAUAUUGUACCAUGAGAACACCGGCUCAGAAACUGGGAGCGCUGGGGACGCGUCAGUCAGUCAGUCUCUACUAACGUUCCCUCAUCAAAUGUACUAUUCACAUCCCCUAGUCACAUCCGUGCCGCUGCUGAGACCAAUUUGAAAGACUCAUAUAUUGUGUUGAUAUUACUGUAUUGUAACUUAUGUAUAAGAAACAUAUUAGACCUAUUUUUUAAAAAUCUAUGAAAAUAGUUGGUGUUGGAAAGGUAAAAAGGCUUUGUAUGUUGUACAGGUCUAUUAUGACAUGUUGUAUUUAUUAUUUAUUUGUAUUCCCAUGUCCAAAACUGAAAAAUGUCCUCCUAUUCAAAUGAUUUCAUAUUAAAUUGUUGUGCGUCCAAUGUAAAACUGAAAAAUUUCCUCCUAUUCAAAUGAUUUCAUAUUAAAUUGUUGUGCGUCCUGAACAUUUGAACAUUUGGUUUUGAUUUAACUGAUGGGUGUUUUAAUGUGUUUUUUAAACAGGAUGUAAACACAUAUAGGUCUAUGUCUCCCUGUACCCUACGUCAUUUUACAAUGAAUUACAUCGAUGUUUUGUAUGAGAUGAGAACCAAUCCGAAGUAAAGUUAAUAUUUCAUCAUGUACAGCCGUUUUAUGUGUAAUAGUUCUACUGUUCGCUUCACGUACACGGUAUGUGGCUCACAGAUGAAAAAUAACUACUACUUGGACCUAUAUCGUUUUAUAGCGCAAACAGUGAGGACAAAUCACAUGUUCUUAUGUAUGUUAAAUCAAACGUCUCACAGUGUUAUCGCAGACUUUUACUUGCUGUCAAUGAGAAAUGUAAUUUAAAAAAAAAUCCCUGAUAAGAGUUUCACCAAAUGGCCAAAAACAAGGAUCUUUUUAUUUUAUUUUUUACAUUCUGAAUAAAUCGUGAAAUACGUUCCCGACUACACCGAGUGUAUUUAGAAAUGUGCAUAAA